CCUCAUUCGCUCAGGUCCGUCUUCUUCCACUGCUUCUCAUCUUCCGUGUCUCUUUUGCUACUACUUUUGACUUGCAUAAGUUAUUUAGCAAACAAAAGAAAACAAAAUAGCCUGAAUGGAAGAAAUUAUGUCCUCUUGUUCUCCAAACUUUGGUCAAGAAAACUCAGCCACACUUCAACAACGUCUCCAGUUCAUCGUCCAGAACAGGCCUGAAUGGUGGGUUUACUCAAUCUUCUGGCAAGCCUCUAAGGACAGCAAUGGCCAAGUUGCUUUGUCCUGGGCUGGUGGUCAUUUCCGAAGCUCCAGGGACUUGGCAUCCAAAAGAAGCAACAAAUUAGUCCAUAAUUACCAACCCAAAUCCGGGUUCAUCAGUACGGAGAGAAAGAAGGUUGUUAACAGAGAAGUUGAAGCUCUUUUCCAUGAAGACAUGGAUUUGGACGGUGGAGAUGUCACCGACUCCGAGUGGUUCUACUUUUACACGGUUUCUUUAACCCAGUCGUUUGCUGCAUGCCAUGGGACUGGGAAUAUCCUGGGCCGUGCGUUUUGUUCUGGCGGUUUUGUUUGGCUGGCAGGUGACCAUGAGCUUCAAUUCUAUGAGUGUGAGAGAGUGAAAGAAGCUCGAAUGCAUGGAAUUCAAACUCUGGUUUGUAUUCAAACUUCAUGUGGAGUUCUUGAGCUGGCUUCUCUGGAUGUGAUCAAAGAAGAUUGGGGCCUUGUGGAGGUUUCCAAAUCUCUUUUUGGAUCAGAAAACAGCAGAGUCUCAAAGCCACAGAGCAGUCGUGAGGGCCAUGUACUUGUUCCUCUGCUUGAAAGUGGAAUGUUUUCGGCUGGACCUCAAAAAGAGUGGACCGCACAAGGUGGUACAAAGGAACGUUUUGCUUUGAAUAUUGGUGGAUCAUCGUCAGACUCAGGGCCUUCUGACUCAGUCGGAAAUUUCACGACGGAGAAUGCGGAGAAUAACGGUCGAUUAAAAAAGAGAGGAAGAUCAUCCAACCAUGGAACUGAUAGAGAAUCACCAAUAAAUCAUGUUGAGGCAGAGAGACAGCGGAGAGAGAAGCUUAACCAUCGAUUCUACGCCCUCCGCUCUGUUGUUCCAAAUGUGUCGAAAAUGGACAAAGCUUCUUUACUUUCUGAUGCAGUUGUGUACAUCAAUAAGCUCAAAGCAAGGGUUGAGGAAUUGGAGGCUAAAAUCCAACAACAACCCCAGAAACCGAAAUUAGGUAUUUUGAGUAAUCUUGAGCAUCAUCAAUCCAACCAAAGUGCCAGUUCCAUAGUCGAUCAUCAUCGUCACCAUCAUCAUCAUCAAGCAAGGCCUAGGCCAGCAUCAAGUUAUACUAAUUGUGAAGUAGCUGGGGCAAUAGAAGUGGAUGUGAAGAUUGUGGGCUCAGAAGCUAUGAUACGAGUUCAGAGUCCGGAUCAGAAUUACCCAUAUGCUAGAUUGAUGAAUGCACUAAAAGACCUUGAAUUACAAGUUUAUCAUGCAAGCAUAUCAAGCGUGAAAGAAAUGAUGCUUCAAGAUGUUGUGGCUAGAGUUCCUCAUGGAUUCACAAGUGAGGAGGCCAUGAGAACCGCUAUUAUAAAAAGAUGGUACAACUAGAAAUUCAAUAAUUAGUUUCCCUAUCAAAUGAGGAUAUCCUUCUUCUUCUUUGGUAGUGAUUGUCGUAACUGAAAAUUGAAGUUUCUUAGCCAAGUUUGGAGGAGGGAAUGAAUCUGUGUACGUUAACUGUAGACUUGUUUUCCAAGUUUAAUAUUUCUAAGCUAUGAAGAUAUGAUAUUAAUUAGCCUACUCACCUGCUAUAUCUCUCUAUUACAAAUAUGUGAAAAACUAUAUGUUGUGUGCCCAGUGUAUAUGUUGUUUCUGCCAUUGCGCGGCGGAUUUGUAUUGUAGGUAUGAGUAUAUGUGUUUUCGGUUGCUGGAUCGAGGA